AUGAUAGACAGUCCAGCUGUAUACCACCCAAACACCAAUGACGUGGUGCACUGCGAUCUGUUAUCGGACUCCACUUUCACUGUCCUCCAAUCUGAGCUGACCGCUGAUCUCCCAGGUGACGCUGCGACACAUCACAAUAACAAUGCAGCACCUGUACCUCGAAUAUCGCCAUACGACCCGCGUGCACUACUUAACCCAAGAGCACCCAACCCGAAGCGCCCCGCUUCGUCGGGUACGGACAUCGACCGCGGACGCACUGACCCUACCAUCGCCGGCCAGGUAUCGCUUGUCGAACGACUGCACAACGUUCAAGAACGCACUGCGUCGCCGGCAAAGCGUGUCAAGACCGCCAACGACGAACGUACCAGCAAGGCCAACCAUUCGAACUUCAGCGGCGGAAGCGCCCUUGACCUGAAGAAACCGAACGGACAGCCGCCUCUACUAGCACAAGGACCCUCCAUCGAUUUAACCAUGAGCGACGAUGAGGACGACAUCCAAGUCGUUGCUGACAACGGCAACGAUGACAUAUGCAUUGGCAAGGUGAAACAGACGUACAUCCAAGCGCACUUAGUUCCUAACCCCGAUCCGAAGAAAUACUCUGGAAACAACGGUGGGCAGAGUCGGAUCAAAGUCUCUUUUCGCAGGAGUGGUGGCCAAAGCAAUAUCGCUAUUAUGGUGACCGACGGAACGGGGAGGGAGUUCGGCAAGAUCGACAUCAAGACAGCACAGGGCCUAGCUCCUCUUAUCGACAGCGCAAAAGCCAGUGGAUUGAAGUGGAUGGCAUGGACCGAGCCUCGACGGAAGCAACCAAACGAAGGAGCGCCGGGUACCGCGUUCUCUGGCCUCAUCGGAAUGACUCUACAGUUGUACUGUCCACGGAAACACGCGAACGACAUCGGCAAAUAUCUCAAGAACAAGAACCUGCUCCUUGAACAACCACUAUUCGAGCUCCACCGACACGACUACUUCAAUCCUCAGACUAGCCAAAGCUCCUACAAGACUCAGAUAACGCAGCCCAAUUUCCAGCCGACGAUGUUCAACCAGCAUGCUGCCGGUGCACCGACUAACAGUUACGUACUGCGAAGCGUUGACGAGAUUCGUGCUGAUGUUGAAGACGUAUUCAAUACCGUCGUCAGCAGUGCUGAAGAAGUCCCAACCCGGGAACCCUCAUCUCAUAUCAAAACCGAGCUGUAUCCUCAUCAGAAGCAAGCUCUAUAUUUCAUGGUGGACAAAGAGCAAGACCAUACUGGUGCAGAGCACGAUGACCGCAAAGACUCUCUCUGGAAACCGCACUAUCGGGAUAAUGGCCGCAAGUCCUACAUCCAUGUCAUCACUGGGGAAGAGAGGCAAACGAAGCCAAAGCACAGCCUUGGUGGUAUACUAGCGGAUGAGAUGGGCUUAGGAAAGACCCUUAGCAUUCUGUCGUUAAUCUGCGACGACGCCUCCAUCGCUGCUGCGCGGGAGUUUCAACAGAAAAGGCCGCCGCCACUAUCCCAAGGCACUGCAUUGAUACAGCCUGUAAUCAACAGCCGAGCUACGCUUCUCGUUUGCCCUCUCAGUACUAUGACCAACUGGAAAGAGCAGAUCAAGGAGCAUUUCCCAGUCGGCAAGAGCGCAUUGCGUUGGACACGGUAUCACGGUACUGAACGCUUCGAGAUGUCGGCCAAGGAUCUCGCAAAUUACGACAUUGUUGUCACCACGUACCACAUCAUUGCGAAAGACCUGUUGGAUCGAAGGCGACCGCUUCCGCUCAUCAACUGGUUUCGUAUCGUGCUCGAUGAGGCACACACCAUUCGAAACCCAACCAACCAGUCAAAAGCAGUCUGCUCCAUGCAGGGGCAGCGAAAGUGGGCUGUUACUGGAACCCCUGUGCAGAACCGCCUGGAAGAUCUUGGCGCGCUGUUUAACUUUAUUCGUUUGAGCCCAUUCGAUUCAAACCACGGGUUCAACCAGUUCAUCCUCCACCCUUUCAAAAAUGCUGACCCCGAAGUGGUACCCAAGCUGCAACUCCUAGUCAGCACUGUCACGAUCCGCCGUACUAAAGAGAUCAUCAAGCACGAAGUCCCUGCCAAGAAUGACUACCUGGUGAGACUGCAAUUCUCGAGAGGGGAGCAGCAGCUCCACGAUUGGUUCGAGCAAGACACCCAGCGCAAGGUCAAUGCCGUCACACAAGGUGAAAAGAUGGGCGGGCACUCAUACGCUCGUAUCCUGACCGCUAUCCUGAACCUUCGCCUCAUAUGCGCGCACGGCCGCGAUCUCCUCAGCGAUGAUGCAUUGAAAACAACCGACGGCAUGAGCUACGACAACCCUAUGGAAAUUGGAGAAGAAGACGAGCAGGUUCCGACACUCUCCCGCCAGCAAGCUUACGAGAUGCUUGACCUUCUCGAGACUACUGACGCUGCAGACUGCAUCUAUUGCCCAGGCAAAAAGUCCAUGCUCGACGCCGAUUCCGAUUCCGACGACGAAGACGAGGAUAAUGGCAAUGCGGGCGACAUCCUCGGCUACAUGACGACCUGCUACCAUCUCGUCUGCCCUAAACAUAUCAAGAAGCUCAAGGCUAAGUGGAAAGAGAACUUGCUCCCCGAUGGCUCCGUACAGUGCCACGUCUGCGAAGAUCGAAAUAGACCUCAAGGCUUUGAGCUGCGGAGGAGGGAUUUUGCGAACUUUUUAGAAGAGAGGGAUCGCAUCAGGAAAGACCCGAAGCUCGCGAAGAAGGUGGGGAGCUACAUGGGGCCGCAUACAAAGACGCAGGCUCUGCUCAACGACCUGAAGGAGCAUCAGGAUUGGAGUGAUGCCCACCCGAAUGAGCGGCCAAUCAAGAGUAUUGUCUUCUCCUCGUGGACAACGCAUCUCGACCUAAUCGAGAUUGCGCUCAAAAACCAUGCCCACGCAUACGUUCGCCUCGACGGCCGCAUGACCCGCGACGCGCGCGACAAGUCCAUGCACGCCCUCCGCCAUGACGAUUCUAUCCGCGUAAUGCUCGUCUCCAUUGGCGCUGGCGGCCUGGGUCUCAAUCUUACCACCGCCAACAAAGUCUUCAUGAUGGAACCACAGUUCAACCCUGCCGCCGAGGCGCAGGCGGUAGAUCGCGUGCAUCGAUUAGGACAGGACAGGGAAGUAGUCAUCAAGCGAUUCAUCAUGGAGGGUAGCUUUGAAGAGAAGAUGCUAGAGCUACAGAAGAAGAAGAAGGCGCUUGCGGAUCUGACGAUGGCGCGGGAGCGGAAGACGAAAGAGCAGGCUACUAAGCAGCGGUUGGAGGAGCUGAGGAGUCUGUUCCGCUAA